AUGAAGUGUGUGUACGGAGUCUCCUGCUAUCGCCAAAUAGAAGCUAAGUCCCUGAAGGUCAGACUGGCUGACGUCACCAGGGAGACGGUCUAGAAAAGUGUGUGUGUCUUCAGUCGAGUGCCUCUGUACAGUCUUUUCCAAGCUAAACUACAGCUCAUCACACACGCCUACUUUGAGGAGAAAGACUUCUCACAGAUAUCUAUAUUUAAGGAGUUGUAUGAACACAUAAACAGCUCUCUAAGAGGGAUGGCUGGUAUCCCAAGUGUUCCUGGGUAUGUCACUAUGAUUUAAUACUGCACUUUCUACACAAGGUUCUGAUCCUUUUCAAACGGAUUCUGCUGGAGAAGAAGGUUCUGUUCUACGUGUCUCCAGUCAACAAGCUAGUAGGAGCUCUGAUGACAGUACUGUCACUGUUCCCAGGUAUGAUAGAGCACGGCCUGGCUGACUCCUCCCACUACCAGCCCAAGAGCAGCGUCUCAGAGGAUAUCAGUCUGGUAGACUGUGUUGAGGGGCCGAGGUGUUCGUCUCUGUUUCCGUCACUGACAUCACCAAACGCUACCAUGGAGCUAGUGAAGGAGCAGGACCAGACCACCUCCACCAUGAAGGCCUCACAGAGGACAUCGCCUUCCCCAGAGACCUCCACCCCAGCUAGGGAGAACACCCACCUGAAGCCCCCCUCCCGGACCUCCCCGGACUCCUUGGAAAGCGACUGGGAGACACUGGACCCCAGUGUGCUGGAGGAAGGGACUAGAGACUCCGAGACAGGGGGUUUAGGUUUGGGAGGGUUCAGGGGGCCUGGAGCACCCAGAGACGUUUGACCUGGAGACAGGUAUCCCCAUCACGGUGCAACCUCGUGGCUUGUCAGCAGGGCCAGGGGGCCAGGGAGCCAUCACUCAGGGCUUGGUGUCUGUACUGGAAGAGGACUAG